AUGAAUUCACCUGAAAUCCGAGAUUGUAUUUGGGUAUUUUUGAUGGAACUUACAGGUAGUUUGGUUUAUGUCUUACCAAUUGCGAUUAGCGUCUUGGUAGCUAAAACAACAGCUGAUGUGAUUGAGAAUUCUUUAAAACCUUAUGCAUGUGCAUAUCGAGCUUGUUGUGAUCAAAGACCUAGAAUCUUGUUUAACACUUGUGGUGAAUUGUUAUCACAUUGGAGAGAAACUCAUGAAAGUUUCAGAGGAACUGAUCCAUUAGAACAUCCAUUUAUGUGUGUUAUGGAUGGUUGUAUGAGGGAUUGGAAGAAUAUCGCAGGAAUUCGCUAUCACAUUCAAACAGCAACCAAUCAUUUUAUUACAGAUCCCGUGACUUCAGAAAGAGUUAGGAAUUUACAAUCAGAACAAAAACCAAUUCAAAGAGGACCAAUUAGUAGUAGUCGACCAACGGGUCUUAAUCUUUUACCUAAUUCUAAUCUUACUACUCAACCACAUCAUCUUCCACCUGUAACUACGAUCAGUAAUCCUAUUCCUACUACUACGACCACUCCGACGAUUAAGAGAAAACCUAGUGGGAAAAGUAGAAGAUCGAAUCGAUCUGAUGAAAAGAAUGCAGCAAGAAAAUAUCUGUGUCCGAUUGAAGGAUGUGAAAAAAGGUAUCAACAAACAUCUGGAUUAAAAUAUCAUCUUUCAAAUGGACCUGAACAUUCUGCAAAACUUCAUAGAGAUGGUGUAAGUAUUGAUGGAUUAAUAGCCACAUCGACCUUGAAUAUGUUAAAAACAUCAGAUUUACCAUACUUGGAAGCGAAAUCAUCACAUCUUCAUUCCGAAAGAUCAAGUCAGAUCAUGGAUUCAGAAGCAAUGUCGAUUUGUUUAGAAGAUCGAUUAAAGAUUCCAGAGAUCCAAAAAAUCGAAUUCUUAUCUUCUUCAAGUUCAGCUGGAGGAUUUCCAUUAGUAAGUCAAGAUGAAGUAGGAGAUCAAAGGAUAUUGGUUUAUAUCAGUUGUAGUGAACUUGAACAUGGGAUUUCAUUAAUCUCGGGAAAGGCUUUAAAGUUGGAUCCAUCAAUUCAGUUUCAAAGUGAGAAAGAGAUGUGUUGGACUCCCAGUGCCUUGGACUCUGGUAAGAAGACACAACCAAGUCUUUCAGUUCAAAAAGAUGGAAUUCAUAAUGAUUUGAUUCGAAAAGAGACUGACCUUUAA